CAUUAGUUUGUUUUUGCGAUAGCAGAGUUUAUAUCGGGGAGUUUAUCGCUUACAAUGAGUGGUCUGUCAAUGGACGAAUCACUGCUCGAAUCAAUCAUGCCGAGGCCGAAGGUUCUCGUUACCAGCUGCGAUAUACCGCAAGUGGGAUUGGACUUGCUGGGCGAGAAAUGUGAUCUUACCAUUUUACCAUAUGUCACACCAACACAAGACGAAGUACUUGCGGCUAUUCCUGGACACGAUGGUGUACUUGUCACCGAACACGUCAAAGUCGAUUACAAAUUUCUUAAUAACGCUAGUCGUGAACUGAAGGUCGUGUCGACAAUGUCAACUGGGUACGAUCACCUCGAUGUCCGCGACAUCAAAUUCAGGGGAAUUCAAGUUGGUUAUACGCCCGUGGGUUUCAGCGCUGCAGUUGCUGAGAUUGCGGUGAUGCUCUUGCUGAAUGCUGCCCGACGGGCACACGAGGGUCGCACUCUUCUCGAAGAGGGAAAGACCGAAAGUGGUCCCCAGUGGCUGCUUGGCCACGAACUUCGUGGUUCAACGGUUGGAAUAGUUGGUCCAGAAAAUAUUGGCCAGGAGGUGUCGAAACGUCUAGACGGUUUUGCAGUUGAACGAUUCUUGUACAGCGAGUUCAGCCGGAACCCAGAUGCUGAUGAACUGGAAGCUAACUUCGUUUCCCUUGGCUACCUUCUUAUGUAUAGUGACUUCAUCGUCAUUGAUCUACCGUUGACAAUCUACACGCGGGGAUUGUUCGACGACGAGGCUUUCAAGAGAAUGAAGAAAACCGCUGUUCUCGUGAAUGUCGGGUUUGGAGCUGUUGUUAACACGAGCUCUCUUCUGAAGGCACUCAAGGAGGGGACGAUAUUCGCGGCGGGGGUGGACGUUAUUGAUCCUGAGCCACUGCCAAAACACCACGAACUUCUGAGACUACCGAAUUUUGAGAUUGUGCCGCAUCUUGGAUCUGCCACUGUCAAGGCGAGGGAAGAAAUGUCCAUUAUUGCUGCGCAGAAUAUUUUGGACGCUCUUGAGGAUAAACCACUCGCGUAUUCCCUCUAGGGGGAUGGACGAGUGAUACUCAGGUUGUGGGCCAAAUUAGGACUUGAUUUUAUCUAAUAAAAAUAAUUUCUUGAAGGGGCACUCCUAACAAACAUGAUGAUGAUUUAAAAGUGUUAUAAUUUGAAAAUAGAACCAUAAAAAAAGAUUCUCAGUA